GGAGGUGGACGUGGAGGAGGACGAACGCACAGUAGGCAUCCUCCUUUCAUCCAUCCACCCAUCCAGGCAAGCAGAGGGUUGGCAGUGAGACAAGCCGUUACCGGAGAGAGAAGCGUGUGCUGAGCACGGCGGCGGCGCGGCAGCAGCGGCGGUAUGGCUUCGUCUCACGGGAGAAGUAGUGACCUGCGCUUCGCCGACUGGAUGUCAAGUCUCCCGCAAAGCAUGCACAGCAUCCCGCUUACCAACUUGGCUAUCCCGGGUUCCCAUGACUCCUUCAGCUUUUACAUUGACGAGGCAUCUCCUGUGGGCCCCGAGCAACCAGAGACGGUGCAGAACUUUGUGUCAGUUUUCGGUACUGUGGCCAAGAAGCUCAUGCGGAAGUGGUUAGCCACGCAGACCAUGAACUUCAACAGCCAGCUAGAGGCCGGUGUCCGCUUCUUUGACCUGCGCAUCUCAACAAAGCCCAGAGACCCCGACAAUGAGCUCUUUUUUGCCCACGGUCUUUUCAGUGCUACGGUGAGAGAAGGUUUGGAGCAGAUCAGCAGCUUCCUGUCGGCACAUGCAAGAGAAGUGGUUUUCCUGGACUUCAACCACUUCUAUGGCGUUCAAAACCUGCACCAUGAGAAGUUGGUUACCAUGUUGAAGGAUGUUUUUGGAGACAAGCUCUGCCCGGUUGUCUUUGCUCAGGAGGUAAGUCUGCAAUAUCUCUGGGAGAAGGAGUAUCAGGUGCUGGUCUUUUACCACCACCCCAUGGCCCUGGAAGUGCCCUUCCUGUGGCCUGGCCAGAUGAUGCCCGCCCCCUGGGCUAACACCACUGACCCUGAGAAGUUGGUUCAGUUCCUCCAGGCCUCUGUUACUGACCGCAGGAGAAAGGGGACCUUCUUUGUUUCACAGGUGGUCCUCACACCAAAGGCCAGCACGGUGAUGAAGGGAGUGGCCAGUGGGCUCCGAGAGACGAUCACAGAAAGGGCUUUGCCGGGAAUGAUGCAGUGGAUUCGGUCGCAGAGACCUGGCGAAAGCGGCAUCAACAUCAUCACCGCCGACUUCGUGGAGCUGGGCGAAUUUAUCAGCGCUGUCAUCACCCUCAACUACCACAUGGAUGACGAAGACGACGACGAUGCCACCUGAGAGCUGUUGGAGGGCUCGCCAAGGGAGCAUGGUUACCCCACCUGCUACCGGGGAUUUUUGGUCUGUGCUUCACUUUUCCUCCUUGACGUUUGUUUCAGUGGAGAAGUGCUGCUCCUUUCGCUUUAUUUAGGGCUAUAGUGAAGUGGUGAAUGACACAGUGAUGAGGUUGAGAGAAGAAACGUUACGAUGGGUGAGUUAGGUACUGCAUAAUGACAGUCUCAGCCUACUAAUUUGGGGAGGAUUACGUCCCCUCUUUUAAGUGAGAUGUACCAACUGAGCUGUAAAAAACAUUGCUUACAUCAUACAAAUUUAAGGCUUUUUAUAUAUAUGUUCACCAUCAUCUUACAUGAUUCUGGAUUGUGAUAACAAAUUUGUCUGUUAAAUUGUUGAAUUGUAGGCUGGUGUUGGAAGGCAACUAAUCCAAAAACAUAGCAGUUGAUGUAUACAUAGCCAAACUAGACAAUUUAAAAAGUGAUUUUUAAUGUCUUUAUUUUGAAAGGAUUUUCCACCACAUUUUUUUUUUUUUUUUUUUUAAUUGAUUAAUUUGGUAUUACUUUAGGAUAUUUCGCAUUUACAUUUUUGAUGUUUUUAUUUGAUGAAAUUAUGUUGUGAAAUCGCUCAAAUUUUCUAUGAAACAACAAAAAUGUACAUUUUCAAAAUGUUUCUUCCCCAAACCAACAGGAUAGUGUUUUUAAUGUAGUUUUUAUUCAUAACCCACUUCAUACCAUACAGAAAGUGGUUGGUGAGGCUUGCGAGGAGCAAUGAAACAAUAAAAUAACUCUUAAGCUUAAGCUGUUAUUUAACAUUAUAAUAUGUUUAAAGUUAUUUUUUUUUAUAAAAUAUACAGUACAAUGUGGGGAAAUCACCAAAUAGAAAAAAAACAAGAUUUAACUUUUUGAGGGCUUAUAUAGGAAAGGAAAUAAGACUGUACUGUUUUUAAGAUAAAUAAGGUUUUGCUUUGAUAGUCUGUGAAGAUAUCACAAGCUCCGAAUGAAUUUGUGGUGGGUGCUGAGUCGUGAUGUAUAAAAAUAUUGCUCACCAGAGUCUAUACAGUGUCUGUUUAAGCUUUCAAUCCACCCCUUGUGCGUCUGUAUUGACUACUGUGGUGCAGCGUCCAUGAGUCACCAUCAUUGUUUUGUAGUCUUUCUGUUGACACACAACUUUAGAGGUGAAUUUUAUAUCUAGUCAACUUUUUUUUUUUUUUGUAGGACUGCUUCAGUACUUUUAGAUCGCAGUAGCACAUUGAUGUCUUUACUGGUGUCUCUGAAUGUUGAAUGAUAGAUGCAUUGACAGAGGUGUGAGGUACAGUAUAGGUAACAAAAUAACAUUUACCGUAUUUUCCGGACUAUAAGGUGCACCUAAAAGUCUUCAAUUUUCUCAAAAGCCAACAGUGCACUUUUUAAACUAAUGCGCUUAGGUAUGGCUCAAUAUUGGUUAAUCAUGGCUUGACAUUCCCUUUAGCGUAGCUCCAUCUAAUAGUGGAUGCAUAACUCAACCACUACUACUGCAACGACUAAUACUACUACUGCGCCUUAUAAUGCAGUGUGCCCUAUAUAUGAAAACAGUUACAAAAUAGGCAAUUCAUUGAAGGUGGACUUUAUGCUCCAAUGCUCCUUAUAGUGCGAAAAAUACAGUACCUUUCAUAUACAUUGUUUUUGUCCUGAGUGAGUUUUUUUUUUUUUUUUUUUUUUUAAUUUAAGUGCACGCGUAUUUGAUUGAUCAAGAGGUUUUCAGAUGCAGAUUAUAUGAGUGCUUUUGGUUAUAGAAAAAUACUGUAGAUUUUUGUUGUAUGUUAGAUGCAGUGUGUGCAACUCUCUGGUAAGUCUUAAGUCAUCACCUUUAAGUUCCAAGCGAGUUCUAAAAAAAAAAAAAAAAAAAAAAAUGUUAACUUGAUUCGCUGCCAAAUUUAAAGCAACUUAAGUCAUUACUUCAUUAAAAGGGACUCAUGAAAAUGCCAUGAUAGUCCACUUUUACUAUGGGUGUAACGGUUCAAGUGGAUGUAUUGAACAGUUUCCGUUUUGCAUGUACGGCACUUGCGUAUCGUUCCCGUUUUGUUUUAUGCAUUUUUUUCCUCAUAAAAAUGUAUUUCUCACGCAAAACUGAAGUCCUGUGGGAGUUUCCGCACACAAGCUUUAAAUGUCGGACACUCACGGCUAGUAGUUUAGACUUUACAACCUGUAAAGUCCUGUAAAACAAACACAUGAAAAAUGGCAACAUGACAAAAUGCAAGCGAGAAGAUUGAGCUAAAAGACCGUCUUACUUCACUACUGUUGGGCCAGCCUGCUUCGAGGGGCUGGCGGCACGGAGACGGGUGCCCAGACCGCGGCUGGCUAGAGAUGCUAUUGUAGAUGCCGACCCUGUUGAACACUUUUUAGCUUCCUUGUUAAACUAAGAAUCCGUUAUUAAUUACUCGUCCCUGAAACACCAACUUUUAGGCAUUCAAAAUUGACACGCCCCUUCCCAUUUGUCUUGUGAGCCACAAUUUUUACAUGUAAAAGGCUUACUUUGCCUCGCUUGUCAGAAAACUAAGAUUGUUAUUCCUUGAUUGAAUAGGUCUGGAACUUUUUUUUUUUUUUUUUAUGUGAUAAGCUGGAAUUGGUUCAUUUAUUAAUUUCACAAAGAGUCAAGUAAAUUUUAAUAAUACACUUUGAAAACAUACAUUUUGUGAUGUGGGUUGCAGUAUCUUUGUCUGAAAUUUAACUUUCGAGAGGGUCAAAUUAUGCAGAAAAAAGAAAAAAAAAAUUGAGAUGAGGGCAUGCAUUUUUUCACAGCGCUAAUUAUUUUGUCAGAGUUUUACGUGUGUAUGUGAGAGAGAAAGAGUUAGAGAAGGAUUUUUCUUCGUUUGCGUGUUGGUCAUGAGUGAGAGCUGUUUUUAUAGGUGUUUGAGUUUUUUUUUUCUGCGACUAAUGUUUUUAGAUGAGUGAAAUUUUCUGUAAUGUUUUUUUUUAUAUUCAGUGUGUGAUAUGCAAAAUAUAUGUGUGGAUUUUUAAUGAUGUGUUUUACCAUUUUUGUGAGCGUCACCCUUUUUAUGUGCGUAAAAAAUUAAGCAAAAAACAUUUCCUUCUACAGGUAAAUGUUAUUUCUGGCCUAUAUUGCAACUGACGGGGGUGUAUUGAAAGUUUUAAGUGUCAGAAAAACUAAAACAGAUAAGUGAUUUUUGAUCAUUUUUUUAACAUAGUCCCUCUGAAGGGCUGAACACUUUCCCCAACGGUGCUGAAACGCUUAUAUUCCGGUGUAGAAGAACUCUGGUUUGGGACUCAAGGUCAGGGUUAUCCUUGGUUGUUGCUCUCAGGGGUCGUCCUGACCUUGGGUCAUCUUCAACACUGUCUCUGACAUGCUUGAAUUAUCAAAUCAAAUGUGUGAUUGUUGCAUAUGAAGGGGCACUCUCUGCUAAUAUUCUCAAGCAUGUCAUCAUAAAUUUCUGAGGCAGUGAUGUCUUUCAAAUGCAGGUAGCUUAUGACUACAAUUUUCUCUUUCAUCCAUUUUUCAUUGGCUCCUUGACCCUUGCUUAUUCAAAAAUCUGCAAAAAAUAUAAGAAUCUUCAUAUACCCCUCAUAUACUGAAAAGAGGAAGUAUAUUCUAGACAAAAUAAAAUGCAGCACUUUUUGCAGAGAAUGUAUCCUUUGAGGAUUGGUGUAUCAUUCCCUUAUGUCCAGCCAUUAUGCUAACUAUUUGGGACUGUUGAAUGUGUUUUAAAAGUCAGGUGUGUCAUGUAGUUGCUAUGAAAAGUCCUGUUUGUAUGCUUUCAUGUCUUUGAUUCAGCGUGCUUUUUUGUUUUAUAUUGUGUUUGUACAUACUGUAACUGCAAAACACUAUAUUGCCAAGAAAUUUACCUCUUUACUAUGAUUAUUCUUCUUUGAAAUACAAAUUUGGUAGCGGUGUGCAGACAAACUAUUGAAGAACCACUUUGAUGCACAAGCUCUGUGCAUCCAUUUUAUCUCGAUUCCGAAACUUGCAUGACUUUCAGACAUUUUUUUCUCCCAGUUGCAGUCAAAAAGACUGACACUGCACAAAUGACUUGAGACUUGAAAAGGACGUACAAAUUGUGAUGUGAGGUCAUUAUCGUCUUCCCUGGUCAAAGCUGUUGUCAUUGCUUUUAUGUCAUGUUGUAUGAAAAAUAAUACAAUGAUACAAUAAAGGAGUCCUUUGCUGUUGUAAAACUGAAACCUUUGUUCCAAGAGUGGCAACUAAAUAAAAGUCAAAUAUACAAAACUG